UUAUCUUUUCUCACUUUGUGCUUUGCUCCACUAGUAUUGCAAUCUUGAAUGCUGUUUUUCCUACUGUUCUGAAGCGUGAUUCAGCACCCUGCUUGUCUGUUCUGAAUCAGAAAAUAUUGGGUGUUCCUGACUGUGAAAGAUUCUAUGAUCUUUUGGGAUCUUAUUGCCCUUCUGUGAAAGGAUGCAUUACGUCUUGGCCCUGGACUCGUAAAAGAAGUUUAGUACCCUGAUGUCUCAGUGAGUAAUUAGUGGUAUAUAACUUACGCGCAACGCAAGAUUCUUCACUAGUGGGUGAUGGAUGAGAUGGUCUCUUGUUUAUCUUUUCCCUGUACACAUAAUCUUCCAGUAAACCCUGCAUUACCGCUAUCUGUUUUUAUCUUGUUCGUUUCGGGAAUCUAGAUGUGCUUUAGCACAACUGUUAUACAUAUGGCCUCAAAGCAGGCAAAAGUUAAAGAAAAAGAGCUCUAGCUAGUUCAAAAUUGUUUUUUCUGGGCAUUGAUCAAGAGAAAGGAGAGGAAUAAAAAACAAUUUAACCCUUGUACAUUUAUGACUUAAUUUGCUAGCAGGCUGCUUGCAGCCCGCAGAGUUUCUAGUAAAACUGUGUAUAUAUACUGCUAAAAAAUGCUGCUGCAUUCUGGAUGCUGAUUGGGAUAAGAGUGGCAGCAGCAGGGGCGCUGCAUGCAUCUGCAUGGACACAUGAUAUUUCACUGGAAAAUGGCUGAUGGCUGUGCAUGGCUCAUUUGAUGCCAUCCAGGGUUUGUUCAUCUUAAAGUAGAAGAGACCUGGUUUCUGUCUCAAUGUUUGGUUUCUUCUCUUAUGUUGCUUGUGGCCACUACUGUUUUUUUUUAAUCUGUAAGCUAUUAAGUUACUUGCUGUUUACUACAGUACCCAGAUUGCAUGGUUUCUGUUCUUAGAGAGUAGUUAGUUGAGCUGAAAGCAGUACUAUCGAUAUCUUAACUCUCCCUUUGCUUUAUAUCAUUGGUUGGUAUUGCUUUCGGUCUUUGACAGAAUUUGAUAUGGUAUGUGGCAUAACAGUAAUGUUUUCGCUAUUGUGCAGCUUGACUCAGUUGGCGUUGAGAAGGUGAUCGGCCUAUUUGGUUUCUCCCUAUUCGGAUCCCUUUCCCUCUUGCCCUCCACCGCAGAGCGCGCCGCGAGCAAAGAUAACUUGACAGGCACACAGAGGGUCAUCCUCGUGCUGAGCUUCGCUUUGAUCUGGGUGCUGGCUAGCGUCGGGCUCUUAUGUGGACUGCACGGCAAGUCCAACUUCGAGCAGGCGGUAUGCAGGCUCACUGCUCGCCUAGGGAUUCUUGGACUGACACUACUAGUGGUUCUCCACCUCACAUGGAUGCUCCCGACCGGCACCUUUGCCACUCUGCUUCUACGUCUUCAUGAUCGCCGCUGUCAUACUUCACUUAGUGUCAUGGGUAACGAGCUGCCUAGUUGGCAAGGACAAGAUCGAGGAGAUUGCAGCAACAGAGCAGCGGUAGGCGAGGUCAGUAAAAGCGCAUGUUAACCACCUCCCAUGUGCAAGCUAGAGUGCAAGCCCCCUGCCAGCAUAGUCGUCGACCGUGGCAAAAGCACCUUCUGCAUUCGCCAUCAUCUGUAACUCAACUCAAACCUAGAUGAUACACACCUGUACUUACUGUCAGUGCUCACGUUAUUACUGUCGAACUACACGUCAAGCUCCAAUUGGCUUGAGGGGUGAGAUUUUUCUCGCUUUUAGGACGGAAUCAA